CCCGGGACGCCCACCCGCGUGCAAGACCGGGAGUGGCGGCAAGAGUCAAGUCCGCGCCUGCAACGCCGGCUGCUGGGACGUUCUGGUCCCCGAACGCCUGCACCCGGGACUCUGGUUCCGAACGCAGCAGCGCACACAUCCCCGCGCCCGGGGUGGGGGUGGGGGCGGAAUGCACCCCCUCGGGAAAACAAUAACGACGACGAUAUUAUAACAGUAAUAACGGCUGCGGUCUUCAGACUCCCGCCUUUCCUGGAGUGGAAUCGCUCGCCUAAUCUGAGCCGGGAGCCAGGAUAAUGCAGACUCCACUGACCAUUCCUGUGCCUGUGCUCCGGCUCCCCCGGGGCCCUGAUGGCUUGAGCCGAGGCUUUGCCCCCGACGGACGCAGAGCCCCCCUGAAACCGGAGGUUCCUGAAAUCCCGGAGUCUCAAGAAUCUCGGGAAUCCCAGGAACAGCGGGCCCGAGCCGCCCUUCGGGAGCGCUACCUCCGCAGCCUGCUGGCCAUGGUGGGGCGCCAGGUGAGCUUCACGUUGCACGAGGGUGUGCAUGUGACCGCCCACUUCGGAGCCACUGACCUGGACGUGGCCAACUUCUACGUGUCGCAGCUGCAGACUCCGAUAGGCGUGCAGGCUGAGGCGCUGCUCCGGUGUAGUGACAUUAUCUCAUACACCUUCAAACCAUAAAGAUGUUAUCGUGUUCAUCUUUCUGCCUUGGGCGUAGCCACAGUCUCCCAGGCCUCCAUAUGCUCCUGAGCUUGGACCUGUGGGCCCCAGAGAGUUCGGAACACCCUUGGAAUUUUGAGCCAAGCUUCAAGCAACUCUGGCUUCUUGGGACAGUAAAAUUCUGCGGCCCCAGGAGUUCUAGAUCCUGUUGAAAGGAAGGCUCUACCUCACAGAACUCUAAACUGUACAGAUACACGGGCCUCAUGCCUGUUCCUGAAGAUUCCGGGUGGAGAGAGGGAAUAAAGGAAGGCAAAUUGUCUAGUGGGAAAUUGUCUGUUGAAGAGGCUGCAAAGUUCAGCCACCCUGGAAAUACUCCCCUCCUGCCAAAG